AUGGGUUCGAAAGGUGAGAUCCAAGUAUGGCCACCAGUCUUCCGUCCGACAAAGACCAGACUAAUCCUCAGUGGCGGCACGACCGAGGUCAAAGAAUGGCCACAACCCGGCCCUGGAAAGGGAAGUGGUUGGUACAACGGCUUCUUGGACGAGAAACACGUGGAAGGCGAAGGUCACGGCAUGUUCUGGGAGGCGGACGAGGCUGCAAGAGCAAUCGUGGAGGGCCGCAAGGAAGGACGAUUCGAGAGCUUAGAUGAAUCUGUGCUGAUCAUGGAAGUUACGGACGAAGUUAGAAAGCAGAACGGUUUAAAGUACCCUGAAAAGAUAGAGACGACGGAAAGAGCAUCACUACAGGGACGAAUAAAUCAUCAGCGCAGUGCCUGA